AUGGGUGGGCGGUGCGAGCUGAUCAGAUACUUCGACUGUCCCUGCGAAAUCAGCUAUGCAACCACGGACGACGGUUACGUCCUGGAAGUGGACAGGGUGCCGCAUGGACUCCAGGGCAACACAACGGCUGCGGAGGAGCAGAAUGGGAUCCGUCGCCACCCCGUGCUGUUUGUGCUGCCGCUCUUUAGCGGCUCGGACGUAUGGUUUCUAAACUACCCUUCGCAGGCCCCAGGCUUCCUGUUCGUCGACGCUGGCUUCGACGUAUGGUCGAUGAACAUGAGGGAAGCGGAACACUACUCUAACCACACGACCCUCUCCAAGAACGACCCUGAAUACUGGAAGUUCAGUUUCGACGAGAUGGGACGCUACGACGUUGCUGCCGGAGUCGAUCACGUGAUCAACGCUACCGGUGCAGAGAGGCUGACACUUGUCGCUUUCUCGCAAGGUGUGACCAGUGCUCUGGUUUUGCUGUCCACGCGGCCGGAGUACAACGACAAGGUGACCAUGUGUGAGAUGUGCGAGAAAUUGUGA